AUGCCCAGCUGUGAGCCAGCGCCACCCGCCGCCUGCCUCCCUACCAAGACCUUCCGCAGUUACCUGCCCCGGUGCCAUCGAACGUACAGCUGUGUUCACUGCCGGGCACAUCUGGCCAAGCAUGAUGAGCUCAUCUCCAAGGUACGUGCAUCUCUGGGACAUGGCAGCAAGUUUAGCUAUACCGCUGUUAUUUAUCUGUGGUCUUCCUGGAUCUCUGGCAUUGUGUGACCCCCCCAAAGCAGUGCCACCCCAGGGCCCAACUAGGACACUUUCUAAAAGAUGGCACCCUACUGGUGGGAUACCUUGCUAGCAAUACCUAUCGGUCUGUCCAGGAACAGACCUGAUCUUUCUCGUGUCUGGGGAUUUUUGCCUUGAAGCAAAGCAGUUGGGUUUGGGGGGGAAGUGGGUCAAAGAGCCUUUCAAGGGAGAGGGUCGUAACUCCUAUACUUUAUUUCCACAGUCUUUCCAGGGAAGUCAUGGUCGCGCCUAUCUUUUCAAUUCUGUGUGAGUCUCCUACUGCAAUUGGUUUUAUCUGGUGUGGGUGGGGAUGCGGGGGAGAUUGGAAGAAGCAGAGCAGAGGCAGAGGGAGAGAGGUAGUUUCGUUUCACACCGGAAGAAUGUAGAGCACUGCUACAUCUCAUCCGUUCCAUUAGAAGGAGGGAAAUAUAGAGUGAUGCUGCUAGGGUGGGGUGGGUUAGGGUUACAUUUGAGUAUUUCCAGGGGGAGGUCUUAUAUAUAAUGGCCUUGAUCCAUCAUAUCUCACUCAGCAUUUCAUACUGUGUAGGCAUUCUGAUAAUCUGAGCUUGACAUACUGAGCUCUGGAACUCAAGAGGAACAAAGCAACAUUACCUCUGAAUAUGUGCCCCUCAGCACCCACUACCUGGGGCUUGGGAUAAGGGCAUCAGCCAGCAAGGAUGACUUCUAGCUAGCAUUACACCUGAGCCAUUCUCUUUUUAGAAAUGAAGCACAUCUAAUAGAAAUUAAACAGUGCGUAAUUUCUGUCUUAUUGUAGUCUUUGUUCCCAAAGUCUCAUGGUCAAUCUUUAAUUCAGCGCUGGAUUCUUCCCUACAUCAUCCUGCUGAACUUAAUGGUAGCACCACCAGACCUUGCACUGGAACUCCUCGCAUCUUGCUUUGUGUCCUUGCGGCUCUCUCUCUCUCUUGGGUGCUGGCUCAACCAUCCACAGGAUGUUGCACUCUUGACCUUCAGGCAUGAUCUACCCUUGAUUUGGAAUGGCUGGCAAUGAGAACUCUCUGCCCUCUGAUCUAACAAUCAAUCAGAAUCUCUACAAAGUGUUUCUUAUUUAUGUUGUUUCCUUCAAGAUGAACCCUUCGUUCCUCUGCUCUUUUGACGACUCUUGCUGAAUGCAUCUGCAAAGGCCAAUGUAUGAGUAAUCUCCUGCCUCACUACAUAGAGAUGUGCCAGAGGAUUGCUGGUCAUCCUUCAGACUUCUCUAAUAUAUGCAAAAUAUAGCUCAUAGUGCAGAAGGCUCUCUCUAGGUGCCUCCCUGUGUGCCAUGUUUUUGACAGUGAAGAAAAGCACAUAGUUUUUCCUUCUCUUCAUUUCUAAUUGGCCUUUGGCAGGGAGAAGGCCUAGUUCCAAGGCAGACCGACUGAGUCAUACAGAUCUAGCAUUCCUCUGCCAUACUUGUUGAACCUAGCCAAGCAAACUGUUGUUUUGGAGUGGUGAAUUCUUUCUGCCUGAGAAGUAGAUGCUCUUUUCUCAGUGGUAGGAACCUGUGGGAUUUGCAAAAGCAAGGACCUGCUGGGCCAGUUCUGCGGGGAAUGGCAAAUAGGAUGUCUUUUACAGUUUGUGGAAAGUUCCUAUUGAUAGUUUCAUAUUGGUGAAUUGACCAUUGUCUGACAGCUGGCACAUUUCAUAAGCGAGUGAUGAUUCGGUGGCUCUUUUUUCCAGUAGCAUUCUGGUUUUGCCCUUACUUGGGCAAACAUGAAUGGAACAGUUCAUCUAAACAAAUGUUAUAGAAUAGCUUUUAUUCCAGCUGUGAAACUGGGUUUAUCGCCCUUUUGGAUGUCAGCCCAAAAAAGAGACAAGCAAUGCAGUUAUGGUGCCUUACUGGCACCACUGGAGAGUUAGUCUGAAGUAAUUGAUGGGAGACCAAAUCUUAGUGUAAGGGUAAGAUCUGAAUUUCUUUCCCUCUGCCCCAGAGCCCCCUAAUUCCACAUCUUAGAAAAAUUUAACUUUUCUUUCAAUGUAGAUCGGUUUGAAAUCAUGAGGGGAAAGUCCUAGUCUUUUGAUGGUCCUUGGCUCCAGUAACUCAAGUCUGGCUGCCUCCUGCUUCCACCAGGUUGAUCUGCUUUAUCAUGCCAAGAAGGCAUUGGCUAGGAUAAGAACAUGACCUAAAGACAUAAGAAGAGCCCUCCAGGAUCAGGCCAGUGGCCCAUCGAGUCCAGCAUCCUGUUCUCACAGCGGCCAACCAAAUGACUUUGGGAAGCCUGCAAGCAGGACAUGAGGAUUCUCUAUAUAGUAAGAGAUUCUAACGAAGAGCUGAAGAACCUUAUAUUUAGGAGAUGAUAUUUGUACUUUCCAGGGCAAAUGAAAGUGACACUUCCUGAGUUAUUCUAGGUUCCUCGUUGUUUCUAGGCCCCUAGCCUAGCAGGGGAGCCUGUUGUUUUGUUUCUUUCCCCCUGCUGUUGGAGAGCAUUUUUAAGCUUCCCUGAAGUUUAAACCUUUGGCACUUCCUAUGGCUCUCAAGUUGUCAUAGGCCGAACACCCCAUGUUUCAGCUGACAGAACAGCAAGCUUUUAAGACAAACUCCUAAGACAAUUGUUCAGCUGGCUGCGGUAGCCUCUGUGUUACAGCUAAGCAUGUACCAUCAAGCCUGGGACGAGGCAGAGAUAUCGUGCCUUCAAUAAAGAUCAAACACAUCUGUCAGAGCUUUCUCUUCCCAGGGACCAGUGUGGAAUUGGAAUGGUUCUUCCACUAUAAUGUGAAUGUGUCCCAGUCACACUGGGCAUUUCUCCUCAUGGCCACAGGAGGCCGCUGUGGGAUUGAAUUCAGAACUCUUGUUUUCAGUGCCCCAUCUUGGUUCCUAGAUGAAUAGGCUGGCUUUUCUUUUCUUUUUCGAGACAAAUGGUAAAGGCACGAGGAAGUGAUUUAUUUGUUUUAUUUAAAAAGCUUAUAUCCUGCUCUUUCCCACCAGGUGGAUUAAAAAGUGGCUCACAAUGUAAACCUAUUAAAACCACAUCAAAUGUGAUUAUAUUUUAAACUGCCAUAUAAAAACCGCAAAUUUAUACACUAGUAUAAAAGAACCACAUGUAUGGGAACAGCAUUAAACACAUUAUCAAGCUGAAAACACUCAGCCAAAAUCCUUCUUAAACGGCUUAGGUUUCAGUCAAACGCCUAAACGAAUAUAAUGUUGGAGUAUGACUGUUCUUAAAUCUAUAUUUUUAAAGCUUAGGAGACACGACACUUCUGCAUCCUAAGAAAAUAGGUGCUUAAUAGGUUUUUAUCUGGAAACAGGAACUGCUGAGAUGUGGUUUCUCAUAACCAAUUGUGUAAGUCAUGUUUCAGUUGCUGAGAACUUUCCAUGAACCAAUCACAUGAAAAAAGUAGUGGUGGGGCUUGAAAUCCUUUCUUCUUCUUCUCCUCCUAUUUUCUUUUGUCUGUCUCUGUCUGUCUGUGUGUGUGUGUGUGCAUAUGUGUGAGCAAAUGCACAAGUGUUAGCACAAACAUAGUUCCUCACACCCUCUUUGCGUAGCGUUUGUGGUAAACUCCCUGUGAGGUAGAACAGAGCAGGGUGGAACUCUGAGAAAGAUAAAAAGAGAUAGUGCCUUCUAAUUUCUUUGACUGCAGGGUUAAUGUGGGCUGCGGUCCGGCCGAACAGCGCCUCUUGCUCACCGGCCUCCAUUCAGUCGCUGACAUUUUCUGCGAAAGCUGCAAGACAACACUGGGCUGGAAAUAUGUGAGUACUGAAUACUGGUAGCUUACAAGUCUAGACAAUAAAUCCCCUUUCGAAACAGGAUUCUUGCAAGCAACCUUGUUGGAAAGAGUCAAAAUGAGGCAGCCAUGGAAAACCUGUCUCUGACUCUGCCCAAUUGAGGAGAAGGACCAGGCUGACCCCCUGCCCUACAUGUGGGCAACAAGGUCCUUGUGAAAGCCUAUUUAUUUAUUUAUUUAUUUAUUUAUUUAUUUAUUUACCGCCUUUAUCUUCCAAGGAUCUUAAGGUGGUGUAUAUGGUUCUCCUCUCCAUGCCAUCCUCACAACAACCCUGUGAGGUAGAUUAGGCUAAGCGAUGGUGACAUGGCUUAGUGGGGAUUUGAACCCUGCUCUCCCAGGUCCUGUCAAACCAUUACACCACACUGGCCCUGAGAAACCAUGGCACUUAGAAAUGUCAGCCUCUAGCUGUCAGGCCACACUAGUAGAAACUCUUGAUUCCUACUUCCCCUGUUGUAAUUGUGGGUGGUUUUUUGUUCACACACCCCUUUUUAGAGCAACUUUUGUGUUUGGGGUGGUGCAUAUUCUAUGGAGUUUGUGUGUGUGUUUUUAGGCAGAUGUCUGAAGCAAAUGGGGUUAAUUCUCCCAAUCUCCUCAUUUGCCAGGAACAAGCCUUCGAGACCAGCCAGAAGUACAAAGAAGGGAAGUACAUUAUUGAGAUGUCACAUAUGGUGAAGGACAACGGCUGGGACUGA